AUGGGCGCCUGUUCUACUUUGUGUUUAAUCCUAAUCACCAUCUUCAUCCCUCCUUUGGGAGUAUUCAUGAUCAGCGGCUGUGGCAUGGACUUUUGGAUCAAUGUCCUCUUGACCAUUCUCGGAUACUUCCCCGGCCACAUUCAUGCCUUCUACUUGGAAUACGUCUACUACCAGCGCCGUGAUCUCGAUCCCGCAACGCGCGCCACAAUGAAGCCUGCCUCGGGCGUCUACUCGGAGCGCAUCCAGAACGGCGGUCAUUCCCAUGACGGCCCUGUCGCUGCCGUCUAA